UGAACUCCGUAUCCAGUCGCUUUUAUCGUCGAUUUGUGUGUAUGCAUACAUGCGAUUGAUGCAGUAGUGUGUGUGAUGUGUGGUGAUGCGUAACGAUUACAAUUAAUUUACUACUCAUAAAUAUUACACGCAUACGUAUGCAUACGCAUUUUCGUGCAAUCUUUUCUCAUAUAUUAAAGUAUUAAGAUUUAUUAAUUAAAACUGCAGUAUCAUCUCUCUCAUGUAAGCCGCGGCUGAAGCUUAUUUUUAAAAGCUUAGUUUAUAAAAUAUAAAAUCCUUAUACCAAACAAAUAUAUAUAUUGUAAUUACAUUUGUACGAGUCGAUAGCAAAACUGUAAUUCUCGAAAUUUUUUUCGUUUUCAUACAUAAAAUUUUUAUCCGCGUUCCGUUAUUGUCUGUACUUUAAUUCUGGAAAAAGGUUUUCAAAUUUAUCAAAGUAAUGUAUGCGAAAAGCUUGUACAAAAAUUAUUGCAUUUCGUCAGUAAAACAGACGCCUCAAGCAUCGCUGCAUCCGGCAUCGCUUUGCCUUAACCUGUCCGUAACCGGCAUUGUUGCCGAAAUCGCCAUUUCUUAUUAUCGUUUUCGCGUGUUCGCGACCGUUCGAGAUGACUGACAAACGUUCGGCAACUAGCCAAGUUUAUCUCUGUUAAAGCGGACCAGGUAGGAUCAGGGCCACUAAAGGAAAAAAAGAGAAGAAACAUUCGGCAAGAUGGGCUCAUCGAUGAGCUCUGACGAGUUUGACGAUUACAACGAUUACGGCGCGGAUUGCGACUGUUUGGACUGUUGCGGCCAUUCCCAAAAUUUUGACGAUUCCACCGAUUCUAUUAGUUUCGACAAUUCCGAUUUCGACGAAUUCAACGAGUACGAUGAAUACUACAAUACUGCCCAUACCGACGAUUCCGACAGUUCUAACAAUUCUGACGAUUUCGACGAUUCGGAUUUGCCGUAUAUGGUGGAGUACGCGAAAAGCGGUCGGUCCAAGUGUCAAAAAUGCAAGCAUUUGAUCAGCGAGCGCAACUUGAGGCUCGCCACCGUUUCUCAGUUUCCUUAUAUUAGAGGAAUGGUAGUCAUACCUAGAUGGUAUCACUUCAGAUGCUUCUUCUUAGUACACAGACCAACCUCGACCAAUGACAUAGCUGGUUUCCGUAGUAAGAUUCGCAGGACACAUCGAAAUUUAAUUCGGAAGAAACUUAUUUGGCAAAGGAUGGACGAUAAUUCUGCAGAUUUCAGAGUAGAAUAUGCCAGGUCUAGCAAAUCUAUCUGUAAGGGUUGCCAAAAAAAGAUAAUGAAAGGAGAAACAAGAAUAGCGAAGAAGGAGAAGGAUUACGAGUUCGAAAUAGUUAAGAGGUUUGGAGAUUUGGACAGAUUAUAUCAUAUGGAAUGCUUUGCGAAAUUAAGAGCAGAAUUGGGAUAUUACGGGCAAGGAGAUGAGCUUCCAGGUGCUGCACAGCUUUCAAACGAAGAUUUGGAACGUCUCAAGGCUUCAUUGUCCAAAAUGUCUCAAGAUGAUAUGCCACCACCUCCUAAAAAGAUUAAGGUUGAAUCAGAAGACGCGGAGUUGAUGAAGAAGCAAAAUGAAGAGCUGUAUGCUAUGAAGGAUCAAAUAUCACAUCUCGAAAAGAACGAUAUGGUUGCGUUAUGGGUAAAAAAUAAUCAAGAGUUGAAAGAAGAUUUGGAAAGUCGCGAGGCUUCAUUGUCUCAAGAUGAUAUGCCACCACCUCCUAAAAAGAUUAAGGUUGAAUCAGAAGACGCGAAGUUGAUGAAAAAGCAAAAUGAAGAACUGUAUGCUAUAAAGGAUCAAAUAUCACAUCUCGAAAAGAGCGAUAUGGUUGCGUUAUUGGUAAAAAAUAAUCAAGAGGUUCCAACUGAUACAUCAAGUAUCAUGAAUCUUUUAUCUGAUAUGUUGUAUUUUGGAGCUCUACAACCCUGUCCAAAAUGUAAAAGGCAACUCGUAUACGACUCUGGUUUGGGUUAUAAGUGCACUGGCAAUGCAACGGAAUGGAAUAAAUGCGAGUACGUUACACAAGAUCCAGAGAGAAAAGAAUGCGAAAUACCAAGUGAAAUGAAGGAAAAUUUUCCAAUUAAAUCAUACAAGUCCAAUGUAAAGAAACGAGUGUUUGAAGUAACAUCAUCAAAUUCUGUUAAAGAAGAGAAAGAUGAAGCCAAAUCUUGUGAUAAACCUAAAGUACAACGAAGACCAUUUCCUUUGAAAAACAUGAAGUUUUUUAUAUUUAAUAAUACAUGGAGAUAUAAAGAGAAAUUGAUGGAGGAAAUCUUAUUGUUGGGUGGUAUUAUUGCAACGGAAAUCCGUCAAGAUCUGACUGCUGUAAUUUCAAAUCGAAUAGAAGUAGAAAAAAUGAGUGAAACAAUGAAGAAUAUUCGGGCACGCAACAUUCGAGUGGUAGCAGAGGAUUUUGUAGAAAAAGCGAAAAAGUAUAAAGACGCUCUUACCAUGCUCCUAAAAGAGAAAACUAUUUCUAGCUGGAGUGACGUUAGACUUUAUAACUCCAUUGAGAAAUCCGCCUCCACGAGUACUAAUACUAAGAUACUUAACGCACAGAAAGUGUAAUGUUUAAGUUCAUGUUCUAGUUAAGUUUUUUAACUUUGUGAGAUUAUAUUUUAUUUGUUGACUAUUAAAUUUAGAUGUUACUAUAUAUAAAUUCCAGCGAAGAUUUCGCCAGUAUUAUAACCAUUAAACUUCAUAAAACUUUUAUUUUAAAGGUUGAUCUACAUCUAUCGGAAGGUCCUUACAACAAUCGUAACGCUAAUCUUAGCUGUCAAUCUCAUCGUAGGAGUUGAUUGCAAUUCAACUGUUACGAUACAUUAUGAGAUUCCCUACUUUGCUAUUUGCUAUUAGCGUUACGAUUUACAUACAGCUUUUUCCUUACAAUCACGAUCACUUACGAUCGUAACGUUUUGCUAGAUGUAGACCUCUUAAAGGAUAAUCUUUUUUGUUUUGUUGCGAUUGCAUGCAAUUUGUUUACGUGGGGUGACGAUAUUAACGCUAGUCUUUCUAACUUCAUUGCAAACUCCGUCUCCAAGAGUACAAAUACUAAUAUACGUAACACAAAUUAAAAAGUAUUAUUCGUGUUCUAGUUAAGGUUUUUAACUUUGUGAUAUUACAUUUUAUUUGCUAAUUAUUAAUUUAAGAUGUUACUGUAAAUUCCAGUAAAGAUUUUACUAGUAUUGUAACCGUUGGACUUCAUAAAACUUUUAUUUUAAAUGAUAAUCUUUUGUUGCAACUGUAUGCAAUUUGUUUAUGUGUAUAUUUAUUUACGCAUAUAUUUGUUUACGUGCAUAUUUUUUAUGUGCAUCAAAGAGUGUUUGAUACCUCAAAUAUUGAUUGUAUGAAGAACAAUAAAUUGUUUUAUAUCAAA